AUGUCUUAUACACAAUUACCUGAUCAACCACCAUCAUAUCCACCAGAUCAACAACAAGAAGGUAGUCCAAGACAAGCUGGAGAUAAUAUACCUGAUGAUUUUAAAUAUUCAGUGAAUGUUGCUUCUUGCGAUUUAUCAAUUCGUCAAUUAUUCAUUAGAAAAGUUUAUACUUUAUUAACUAUUCAAUUAAUGUUAACAACUAUAGUCGGAUUUAUAAUACAUUCAUCAGAACCAAUUAAGCUUUGGGUUUUGGAUCAUACAUGGACAUUAAUUUUGGGUUUUAUUGGAUCAAUUGGAUUUAUGAUUGCUGCAUUUUUUAAAUCUAGAAAUUAUCCAAUUAAUUUAAUUUUACUUGGUGGGUUUACACUAUUUGAAUCUUUUACAUUAGGAUUUGCUUGUGCUUUUAUUGAGAAUGGGAUCUUAUUAAAAGCAAUACUUUUGACGCUAAUUAUUUUUAUUGGGUUAACUAUUUUUGCAUUUCAAACUAAAUAUGAUUUUGUAAGUUGGCAAGGUGGUGUUGGUUGUGUACUUUGGGGUCUUAUUGGGUUUGGAUUUAUUAAUAUUUUCCUACCUUUUAAUUCAAUGGUGGAAAAUGUUUAUUCGUUUUUGGGUGCUAUUGUAUUUGCUAUUUAUAUAUUGAUUGAUACUCAAAAUAUAAUGAAGAAUUGUCAUUUGGAUGAUGAAGUUAUAGCUUGUAUUCAAUUAUAUUUGGAUAUAAUUAAUUUAUUUUUAUUUAUCUUGAGAUUAUUGAGUAAUAAUAGUAAUGAUAAUUAA